CGUUCUUCCAGUUGAUAGCCUCGAGGCUUUCUACAACCGAUUUUAUUGCCGGCCAAGCUGCACUCCCGAAAUGCCUGCCAUGUCCAUAGCAACCGACACUAGCAUUGGCAAGCUUACGAGCAUUGGAGCUGUCUUAAAGUGGCUCUUGUCGCUGAUCCAGCAUCACGGCUGAACUUCUUCUCCGUCUACAAUUUUUUUUCACAAGCGUGAGCUUCAGACGGGUGUUUCUCGUAUAAUAUACUUAGCUCUUAACAUCUUCUUCUGAACCGGACGACAUGGCUGUGGAAAACUACGAUAUUGUCAUUGUUGGUGCGGGACCUGUUGGUCUUUGUCUAUCAACAUGUUUGUCGAGAUGGGGUUACAAAAUCAAGCACAUCGACAAUAGGUCAGAGCCGACACCUACAGGGCGAGCAGAUGGCAUUCAACCCCGCUCGCUGGACCUUCUGCGGAAUAUGGGCCUCAAGCGGAAAAUUAUGGAGUAUGAGCCUGCGAAAGUGUACGAAGUUGCAUUCUGGGACCCUGCGGCGAAGGGUAUUCACCGGACAGGAACGUGGGCUAGUUGUCCCAAGUUCAUCGAUGCGCGGUACCCGUUCACGACGCUUCUGCAUCAGGGCUUGAUUGAGAGGGUAUUCAUUGAAGAUGUCGAAAAAAAUGGUACACAAGUUCAACGACCGUGGACUAUUACCGGAUUUAAGAAUGACGGAAAUGACUCCACAUAUCCGAUUGAAGUCAACCUGGCGCAUGUUGACGGCACUCUAUCAGAAACUGUACGGGCGAAGUAUCUAUUCAGCGGAGAAGGCGCCAGGAGUUUCGUACGAGACCAGCUAGGCGUCAAUAUGAUAUACAAAGACCCUAUCGCAAAUGUCUGGGGUGUCAUGGAUGGUGUUGUCCGAACAAACUUCCCUGACAUCAAGAUGAAAUGCACCAUUCAUUCCGACGCUGGUAGCAUAAUGAUCAUUCCUCGCGAGAACAACAUGGUCCGCCUGUACAUUCAAGUCGCGACAUCAACAGACAAAGACUGGAACCCUCGCAAGAGCGCGACAGCAGAAGAUGUCCAACUGAAAGCCCAAGAAAUCCUCAAGCCUUACACCAUCUCGUGGGACCGCGUCGAGUGGUACUCUGUCUACCCUAUCGGCCAGGGCAUUGCAGAGCGCUAUACACUCGACGAACGCGUCUUCAUGGGAGGCGAUGCAUGUCACACCCACUCGCCAAAAGCAGGACAAGGCAUGAACACAGCGUUCCUAGAUGCAGUAAACUUUGCCUGGAAGAUUCAUCACGUUGAGAAUGGGUGGGCGCCGAGAUCGCUACUGUCAACAUAUGAAUCAGAGCGCAAACUCAUCGCUGAGAAUCUACUCAGCUUCGACGCCAAGUACGCUAAGCUAUUCUCCGCGCGGAUUCCUUCAGCAGGAGAAGUUGCAGGCGCCUCAUCAAACGAGUCAGAAGAGAACGAAUUUGUGAAGACCUUUAAGGCGUCCUGCGAGUUCACUUCCGGCUACGGCGUAGCAUACAACCCCAACGAAAUCAACUGGGGCCCCGAGCACCCCGCGCAACACCCCCUAAUUCUUCAGUACGAGAAAGGCACAAGUCAACGAACAGGCAGAAUUCUCACACCCGCAACCGUCACACGCGUCGUAGACGCCAACGUUGUGCACUUGGAGCAAGAAAUCCCACUGAACGGCUCAUACCGGAUAUUCAUCUUCGGCGGCGAGCCUUCCAAGACAUCCACGGCUCUGAGAGAUCUAGCUUCCCAUAUGAGUGCCCCAGCAUCCUUCUUCUCAGCCUUCCUCUUCAAAGACCUCAGCACAGCGGAUCGCUACCACGAGCAUCACAACCCGCACACGUCUUUCCUCUCGCUUGCUCUAGUCUUCAACUCGCCGCGCUCCAAGAUCUACAUCGACGAGCAGCUUCCAGAGACGUUUGCACGGUACGCAGACCACAUUUACGCAGAUGAUGUGUGGGAUCAGAGGGUACCGGAUGCAAAGGCCGCGGCGCACGCGAAGAUGGGACUCGACGAGGUGAAGGGCGGUAUCGUGGUCGUCAGGCCUGACGGGUAUGUUGGCGUAGUGGUCAAGUUAGAAGAGGGUAAAGGGACGUGUGAGGCGCUGAACAAGUACUUUGAGGUCGUUACUGGGAAGAAGCUUGGCGGUGAGAAAGCAAGUUUGUAGAAUGCUUGUAUUGGGUAUGGGCUUGGGGGGGUUCUUUGACUUUCGUUAAAGCUGCAUAGCGUAUUGUGUUACUGGCAUAUUUUCUCUCUACUUGUUAGUGCUUAUCUUGAAUGAUACUAAGAAAU